CGCCUGCGUGUUGGUGGAGGGGAAGAGGGCGGUGUCCGGUCCCGUGUUUUGAAUGUCUCGAUGCGGCUAGCUCACUAUUUGGCAGGAAAGUGAGGAGGCCUCCAUCCUGGUCGUAGAGUUCGUGUACGGAGAGGAGGAUCCAAAUGUAGCAGAGGCGAAUUGGAGGCAGCAGUGUUGACUGCGGAGUGGGACAAACGAAACAAGGGGAGCAGCUCCCCAUACUGCUGCCGCAGAGAAUCUGGGUGGCCUAGUAAGACAGGAGGACUGCUGCGGCUGCAGUGCUAACACUUCUAGACUAUCCUCCUGGCACUCCCAGGCGCCCAUCCCCCCAGCAGAGUGAUAUAACUGAAAGUGCUUCUCCUAUAUUUGAGGAAGAACGAAUUGAUGAUUGGACAGUAUAUUAAACAGUAGCUCUUGUAUUACGAGAAUAAGAAGAUAUCUGGGGAGUUGGGAAGAACUGGAUUUUGACCCUAGUCUAGCAGCUCUGCUGCUCACUUAAACACAGAUGAAUGAAGACCCCAUUUGGAAAAUCACCAGGUCCGCGGUCCAGAGCUGAUGCAGGUCAUGCAGGAGUCUCUGCAAGCAUGAUGAAGAAAAGAACUUCCCACAAAAAGCAUAGAAACAAUGUUGGACCAAGCAAACCUAUUUCUCAGCCACGAAGAAACAUUGUAGGCUGCAGAAUACAGCAUGGCUGGAGAGAAGGGAGUGGACCUGUAACACAAUGGAAAGGCACAGUUCUUGAUCAAGUUCCUGUAAAUCCUUCCCUCUAUCUUAUAAAGUACGAUGGAUUUGAUUGUGUGUAUGGACUAGAACUGCACAAAGAUGAAAGAGUUUCAGCACUUGAAGUCCUUCCAGACAGAGUUGCUUCAUCUCGAAUUAGUGAUGCCCAUCUGGCAGACACAAUGAUUGGCAAAGCUGUGGAACAUAUGUUUGAGACAGAGGAUGGCUCAAAAGAUGAAUGGAGGGGGAUGGUCUUGGCUCGAGCUCCUAUAAUGAACACAUGGUUUUAUAUUACCUACGAAGAUCCUGUGUUGUAUAUGUACCCUCUAGAUGACUAUAAAGAAGGUGACCUUCGCAUUAUGCCCGAUUCCAAUGAUUCACCUCCUGCAGAACGAGAACCAGGUGAAGUUGUAGACAGCCUGGUAGGCAAACAAGUGGAAUAUGCCAAAGAAGAUGGCUCAAAACGGACUGGCAUGGUCAUUCAUCAAGUUGAAGCCAAACCAUCUGUCUAUUUCAUCAAGUUUGAUGAUGAUUUCCAUAUUUAUGUCUAUGAUUUGGUGAAGACAUCCUAGACGUCAUCAUGAACUUCUGCCAAAUUUGUGGAACUAUUAAAUGUAAAAUUUGUAGACACAGACUUGACUGUUUUUCAGUUGAAUGAAAAUUUAAAUGUCCCUGCGAACCCACAAUCUCUGCCAGCAACUGUUUUGUUCUGAAUAAUACAAAUUUAUGUGAAUAUGACACAUCUUGUGUAAGAGAGCUCCUUUUCUUGAAGGAAAUAAAUAUAUUUGGGUGGUAGGGAGUUAAAAGCUAAGAACAGUUGCAAAUUCAAGCUGUGUGAAGUCAGUCUAGUAUUGUAAUCUAGAUUUUUUCUUAGAUUAACUUUUUCUUCAACCUUGAAUCACCUGUUCAACUGCCACAUGCAAGUGUAGUUUGCUAUUUUUCACGUCUUCUUUUACAACAUUAAAUUUAAUUUCUUGGCUACUGGCAGUCCUUGUUUUCUGGGUUGAGACAGAGGUGACUUUUCUGAAAAGUUUAAACAGUUUGUGCAGCAGUAAGGAGUGUCUAACCCACGUAACAUCAAUUUACUGUGUUUCUACUCUGUUUCAAAUUAAGUUAAUAAAUACUUGUGUGUUUUUUACUAGUCACAGGGCAGUAGGAUAUCAAGUGUUUGACUUAUGCACCUUUCAGUGAAAAGGCUUUAAGCUAUAAAAAUAUAUUUAAUCUGUAUAUCCAGCUAAUUAGAAAAUUAAGGUUAAGGGCCUGUGUUUACAAGUUGUGGGAACCAGUAAAAUACACACCAGUAAAAUACACACAACAAAGCUGCCAUUAAUCCUAAAUGUUGUGUUCUGUUUUGUUAUACACAUUUCGUAGCAGAAUACAAGUGCUUGGUGCCACAAGUUUAACAGUAUAUAAUGCUACUUAAGCAGACUUUGGACUACACAUGAGCAAUCAGUAGUCUCUCAUUUAAUAUCAGAACCUAAGAACCUGGAUGUUUGUGUGUGGACUUAGAAAGCUAGUAUCAGUUAAUCUUUUACACAGUAAAUACAAGUUUAUGCGGGAGGGGGGUCCUUUUACACUGAGGACCUCCUUUAGAGAAGGAGAAGCAUUUGUUGCCUUCUCCUCAGUCUGCUGUAAUCCUUUGCUUUGUUUUGUGCUGGGGUUUGCUAUUGUUUUUAACCAUUUUGGUUCAAGAAGGCAUAAUUUCAGUGUAUUCUAUUUUUGCCUUUUCCACGUAAGGAUUGUCCAGACAAAUCUACAGUUUAAACCCAUUGUUGCCUUUUGAGGUGUACUUGCUUUGAGGUAUGCCAUUAACAUGAAUUUCAUUUUGUGAACACUAGAGUUAUGCAUGCCAGUGGUGUACUAUCUAAUGGGACCUAUAGGCUGUCUCAGUGGUUCAGUCAUCUGCAUUAGAUUGUGGAUGCAAAUAACAACCCACAACAGCAGAAUCCUUUCACAGUUUUAAUCUUGCAAGAUAGUUGUAAAUCAAGGUUAGGGUAUUUGGGCUUUUUAAGAAUAGCAACUUUUAAAAGCAUCAUAAUUGUAAUGAGGAUCAGCACAGCAACAAAAUUUUCAUGUUGAAACAGAGCUCUACAGGCUUCAAACCACUGCUUCACAGAAAUACAGUACAUGAAGAAUGUGAAUACAGUCAACGCUAUUGAUGGAAAGAAGGAAUACGUAGAUAUCCAACCUGAUGAUGCUAGUGGAAAGAUGCAGGAGAGAUACUGCUAAUCAGAGAUCAGGGGUCUGACCUCUAUUGUGGGUAUUCUUACUAGCAAAGACUCAGUGGCUUAAAUCCUUUUCAGUCUUUUUUUUUUUUCCUGAUUUCAUGCUUUAGCCUUAAGGCUUGUGCCUCAUUAUGCUGUUAAAUGGUAAUACUGUAUAAAUAUGGUAUCAAUUCUUUGUCCUUUGCUACUAUAUUGCAUUAUGUCCUGUAUUUCAUCAUGGGCAACCAAAGGCAGGCUAUUGUCUUUCAGUUCAAAACUUCUCAAUCCAGUCUUUAAGCACCAAGUAUCUGAGUCAGUAAAUUUUCAUUGUGUUUUGAACAAAAUGAGCAGAUUUGCAACACAGUGCUUUCAUCCUGCAGAUCUGUUAUGUGCUUCCUAUUGACUCUUAAGAGUCCUGCAUGUAAAUCUCAAAGCUGAGCCUGGCUCCAUGAGCCCAAGUUGAUAUUUGUGGCACAAGAAUGAGUGUAUUGAUUACACACAAAAUACACUAAUAACUUAGUACAAUGAAUUUUGGGCUUUACAUCUAAGGAUGUAACAACAAGGUUUGUUUUGAAAUAUUUGAGGUUUAGCUCUACUGGAACAUUUUUAUCAUUUGGCUUGCAUUUGUGGGGUUUUAUGUAAGCCACUCUAAUACACCACAUAUUUUGCUAAUUAGAAUAUAAUCUAUACAAUAUCUACUGUCAAAUUUUAUGGUUGUUUUUAGAUGUCCCCAUUGU